AUGUCGAGCCGGGGGCGGCGGGACCGCGACUCCCGCGACCCCCGGGAGCCCCGCGAGCCCCGGGAGCCCCGCGAGCCCCGCGGCGCCUCCCGCAGCCGCCGCGACGCCGACGCCGAGCGGCCGCGGGGCCGGCGGGACGCGGAGCGGGAGCGCGCGCGGCGGGAGGCGGCGGAGGCGCUGCCGGUGGAUCUGGCGCGCGUCAAGCGGGAACCGGGCACCGGCACCGGCACCGGCAGCGGCGUCUGGGGGGGCUCCGGCAGCGCCGCGCCCGUGCGGGUGAAGAGGGAGCGGGAGCCCGAUGGAGACUCGGACCCCGAGCCCGAGCCCGCCGUGCGCUACGGGCGCUUCGACCCCGAGGACCAGCGCAGCCGGCACUGCCCCUACCUGGACACCAUCAACAAGAGUGUCCUGGACUUCGACUUUGAGAAGCUCUGCUCCAUCUCCCUGUCCCACAUCAACGUCUACGCCUGCCUUGUCUGCGGGAAGUACUUCCAGGGCCGUGGGCUGAAGUCACACGCCUACAUCCACAGCGUGCAGCUGAGCCACCACGUGUUCCUCAACCUGCACACGCUCAAGUUCUACUGCCUGCCCGACAACUACGAGAUCAUCGACUCCUCCCUCGAGGACAUCACGUACGUGCUCAAGCCCACCUUCACAGCCCAGCACAUUGCCCACCUGGACAAACAGGCCAAGCUGUCCCGGGCCUACGAUGGCACCACGUACCUGCCUGGCAUCGUGGGGCUCAACAACAUCAAGGCCAACGACUACGCCAACGCUGUGCUCCAGGCCCUGUCCAACGUGCCUCCCCUGAGGAAUUACUUCCUGGAGGAGGAGAACUACCGGCGCAUUCAGCGCCCGCCCGGGGACAUCAUGUUCCUGCUGGUGCAGCGCUUCGGGGAGCUGAUGAGGAAGCUCUGGAACCCCCGCAACUUCAAGGCCCACGUGUCGCCCCACGAGAUGCUGCAGGCCGUGGUGCUCUGCAGCAAGAAGAACUUCCAGAUCACCAAGCAGGGGGAUGGGGUGGAGUUCCUGUCCUGGUUCCUGAACGCGCUGCACGCGGCACUGGGCGGCACCAAGAGGAAGAAGAAGACCAUUGUCACCGACGUGUUCCAGGGCUCCAUGCGCAUCUUCACCAAGAAGCUGCCACACCCUGACCUGCCCGCCGAGGAGAAGGCGCAGCUGCUGCAGAACAGCGAGUACCAGGAGCGCAUGGUGGAGUCCACGUUCCUGUACCUGACCCUGGACCUGCCCACGGCGCCGCUCUACAAGGACGAGAAGGAGCAGCUCAUCAUCCCCCAGGUGCCCCUGUUCAGCAUCCUGGCCAAGUUCAACGGCAGCACCGAGAAGGAGUACAAGACCUACAAGGAGAACUUCCUGAAGCGGUUCCAGCUGACACGCCUGCCCCCUUACCUCAUCUUCUGUAUCAAGCGCUUCACCAAGAACAACUUCUUUGUGGAGAAGAACCCCACCAUCGUCAACUUCCCCAUCACGAACGUGGACCUGCGGGAAUACCUGUCGGAGGAGGUGCAGGCCGCCCACUCCCACACCACCUACGACCUCAUCGCCAACAUCGUGCACGACGGGAAGCCCUCGGAGGGCUCCUACCGCAUCCACGUCCUGCACCAUGGCACAGGGAAGUGGUACGAGCUGCAGGACCUGCAGGUGACCGACAUCCUGCCCCAGAUGAUCACCCUGUCUGAGGCCUACAUCCAGAUCUGGAAGCGACGUGAGGAGGAUGAGACGAACCAACAAGGCGCAUGAGACCCUUGGGGACACCCAGAAACCCCCUUGGAGAUACCCAGAAACCCCCUUGGGGACACUCCAGCUCCCCCUCGGAGGUGUCCCCAGCCCCCUAGGGGUAUCCCCAGCCCCCUAGGGUACCCUGAACCCCUUUAGGAGCACCCCAGCUCCCCCGUGGACACCCAGAGACUCGUAGGGACACCCGUAGCCCACCUGGGGACACCCCCAGUCCCCCCAGGAGGUGUGUUGUGUCCCAGUAAAUGCCACCCACUAUUUUUGUAACUCA